AUACUCUCGAAAUUUCCGAAACCACCGAAAUUUGCAACGUGAAAUUUUCGUAACGAUAACAUUUUUCGGAAAUCAAUUUUCAUCCAAUUUAUCGUGAAACAAUCCAUAUAAUCCAUUGGAGCAACUAUGGAGGAUUAUAUUUUAUUAGAUCUUAUCAAGCUUAACAUUUUUCGUUCAGUCAUACUUGCAGAGCAAAUAUAUAAGAACGCUCAGUUCAGAGUCUAAGACUCUUCGGCAUAAGCUAACGCAAUGACGAGUAUUCUGCUGAUAUUCCUGUUGAGCGGAUCAAUAGCGUUGGCAAAUGGAGCGACGUUUCCAGAAGGAAGAAUCGUAGGGGGUGAUUCGGUGGUGGCCAACGAAUUUCCAUGGCAGGUAUCUCUGCGGCGUAACAUCGGGCAGCAUUUUUGCGGAGGUACCCUGAUAGCGGUUAGAAAAGUUCUGACAGCCGCGUAUUGCGUUCUGCCGUACAAAGACACGCCGAGUUCGGUUCACGUUGUCACGGGGUCGAUUAGUUUGGCACGGGGUGGCGAAUACCACGAGGUUUCUCACAUAGUAGCCCAUGAGAAUUACCUCGAGGGUGAGCGAGACUCGUGGCGUAACGAUAUCGCAAUUGUUACGUUGGCCAGUCCGGCUGCGAGGACUCCUGCUCAAUCACCGAUCGCAUACAGCGACGCUCACACCCCAGCUGGUUCGUCUGCAAUAACGAGCGGAUGGGGACAAACGAUUUACCCCGCUGGAAAUACUUUUCCCACAGUCCUACAAAAGUACGAACUAACGAUUCUAUCGAAUAUAGAGUGUCAGAAGUAUCAUCCAUUGAACACUAUUUACGAAGACCAUAUCUGCGCGUUGUCUUCACGUGGACAAGGAGCUUGCACCGGUGACAGUGGCGGUCCUUUGGUAUCCGACAAUGAAGUAGUCGGAAUCACAUCUUGGGUGCGACCUUGCGCACUCGGUUACCCCGACGUUUACACCAGAGUGUCUUCCUUCGCGAAAUGGAUAAACCAACAUCUGACCGACGGCGAUUCCACUUAGAACACCGGAAAGUAAAAAAACCCAGGAAAGUGUAAUCGAAAAUCAUCAACGAUCUGUACACGAAUUUCACUUGAUAACAAAAAAUUUGAAAUCAAUGAAAUGUUACGUAAUUCUCAUGUACGUGAGUACAAUUUUUCUGUUCUCGAUGACCAAUGAUAUUCGAUCGUUCGUUGUAAUGAAAUAUACAAAUUUGGCAAAAUUCAAGACUUCCGGAGCUCAUAAUUAUGUAUAGUGAUAUGAGGUGUUUGCGUGAAUAAUCAGAUCACAGCUCAGACAUGAAUUUCUAGAUUAUCUAUUAAGUUUUUUUUUGUUAUCUUUUUUUUUUGUUCAAAAAGGUAUGACUCCACUGAUAGUCGUGUCCCAAUAUUGAUUAGAUAUACCUAGAAGAUUAGUUGGCUAUCUGAUCUUUAUUUGAUAAUUUAUCGGCACAAACGAAGAUCACGUGGCAAUUCCUCAUACUACCGACACGACGCGACGUUCACUUAUGACAUAAGAUUAAUGGAUUAUAUCCACACCGUUCUGAGCGACACCUUUAAACGACAUGUUCUUCUGGAUGAUAAGCAAUUACAGUAGAACGGAACAAAUGUAAUUUAUCUUUUAGUGUUUCAUUUUAUCGCGAUUAAACAAUCGCAGCAAUACAUUGUGGCAUAACUUUUAAUCCGAGUCGCUUAAUUGACUGUUCGGUGUACUGAAGCAAAUAAAUUAAUUAAUUAAUUAAUAUUCAAUGUUAAACGAGUGCAGUAUCAAAAUAAAGGGUAUGGUAUAAGAGA